AUGCUGACGACUAAACAUCCGUCAGCCUUGCGCCCCCUUCGAGCUAGUCUGGACGUCUGCUGCCCUGCUGACUCCCUGCUCCUGACUCUGCCGCUGAGUCUCUCCCUACUGAGCUCUGCUCUUGACUCCCUGCCCCUGAACGGGCUGGUCGACUGCGCUGACGCCGAGUGCUGCUCCGACACCGCCUGCCUGCACUCGACCCUUUGCCUGACCUCGACCGACCCCAUCGACAUCCUGCUGAGGAAACAGCCUCCCGCCGUCACCGCCUCGUUCUUCCAGAGGAUGAGGUUCCUGGUCGAAGAAGAGUCCGUGCAGAGCUACGCCAAGGGGUCCGCCUUUAACGAGAGCAUGCACAGGAUUUACAUAAAUGAGAGCCGUGCCUCCGUGGUCCGUGGGCGUGUCAUCAGUGGGCGUGGCACAGGCCUGAGGGGCGUGAGAGUGUCGCACUACCGCCCAGCUGACACGGGCUUCACCCUCACGCGCCCCGGCGGCUGGUUCGACCUGAUGGUGAACGGGGGCGGUGCCGUCAGGCUCAUCUUCGGCAAGGCGCCCUUCCUCCCCGUCACGAAGACGGUGUGGGUGCCGUGGAAUGAGAUCGUCGUCAUCGACACGGUCGUCAUGACAACGGCUGACAUCGUGCCUCCGCCGCUGCCCACGCCGUGCCCUGACCACAACUACGACGACCUGAAGCCUGUCGUGCUGGCCACCUGGAAACACGGCUUCCAAGGAGGCUGCCCCGAGCGCUCAGCCAUCCUGACCGAGUCGCAGGUGGUGCAGGAGAGCCUCAGCAUCCCCGGCACGGGACUUCACCUCGUCUACCACUCGUCCAGGGCCCUAGGCUACGAAUCAACAAUCCAACUGCAGCUGACGCCCUCUGUGAUCCCCGAAACACUGCGCAGGAUAUACCUCAGGAUUACUAUUGAGGGCAUCCUGUUCGAAAAGACCUUUGAGGCGGAUCCUGAUAUUAAGUUUACCUACGCGUGGAACAGACUCAAUGUAUACAGGCAACGUGUUUACGGCGUGACUUGGGCAGUGGUCAAGGUCGGCUUCGCUUACAGCAACUGCGACCAGGUCAUCUGGGACGCGCAGACGACCCAGGUCUCGGGUCAUGACAUGAGUAUCUCAGAUAUCGGCGGCUGGGAUCUCUCCAUCCACCACAGAUACAAUUUCCAUGAAGGAAUCCUGCAGAAGGGCGACGGGCGCAACAUCCACCUGAAACAGAAACCGCGAGUCCUGAUGACGCUGAUGGGGGAUGGGCACCAGAGGGAGGUGUCAUGCAGGUCGUGCGACGGCCCGUCGGACAAGCAGAGGCUCCUGACGUCCGCCGCCCUCGCGCAGGGCCCCGACGGCUCGCUCUACAUCGCCGACUUCAACCUCAUCCGCAGAGUCAUGCCCGACAACACCGUCAAGACCGUCGUGAGGCUGAACGAGACGCGCGUGUCGUACCGCUACCACAUGGCCGUGAGCCCCGUGACGGGCGAGGUCUACAUCAGCGACCACGAGGCGCACCUCAUCCUGAAGGUGCGCGACCCUGACGACUUCUCGCGCCCCGAGGACAACUACAUGCCGUACGUGGGGUCCGGCGAGCGCUGCUUCCCCGGCGACGAGGUGGGCUGCGGCGACGGCUCGCUGGCCCGCGACGCCAAGCUGCAGUACCCGAAGGGCAUGGCGGUGUCCCUAGACGACGUGCUUUACUUCGCCGACGGCACCAACGUGCGGGCAGUGGACGCCGACGGCAUCAUCAACACCGUGAUCGGCACGCACCGCCACCGCGCGCACUGGCGGCCGCUGCCGUGCGAGGGCACCGUGCCCGUGUCGGAGGUGAGCCUGCGCUGGCCCACCGCGCUGGCCGUCAGCCCGCUCGACGACUCGCUCUACGUGCUCGACGACCACCACGUGCUGCGCCUCACGCGCGACGGCCAGAUCAAGGUGGUGGCGGGGCGGCCGCUGCACUGCCCUCCGCUCAGCCACGACGCGCCGUCGGACCUGGCGGCGCACACCACGCUGCGCUCGCCGCAGAGCCUGGCCUUCGCGCCCAACGGCGACCUGUACAUCGCCGAGAGCGACAACGAGCGCAUCAACCGCGUGCGCGUGAUCGAGACGGACGAGCGCAUCCACGACUUCGCCGGCGCCGACUCCAAGUGCAACUGCCAGGAGGAGGCGUGCCCGUGCUACGACGAGUCGCACGUGCUGGCGGCGACGGCCGUGUUCUCGACCAUCUCUGCGCUGGCCGUCACGCCCGACGGCGUGGUGCACGUGCUGGACCAGGGCAACCUGCGCAUCCGCUCCGUGACGUCGUCCAUUCCCGAGCCCAACGCCGAGCGCCUCUACGAGAUCUACUCGCCAGAGACGCAGGAGGUGUACGUGUUCAACCGCUUCGGCCACCACACCGCCACGCGCAGCAUCCCCACUCGCCGCACCAUCUACUCGUUCGCCUACAACGUCAACACGAGCAACGGCAAACUGUCCACCGUGACGGACGCCGGCGGCAACCGCGUGUCGUUCCUGCGCGACUACACGGGCCACGUGUCCAUGGUGGAGAACUCGCGCCAGCAGAAGUGCCGCCUGCAGAUGUCGCGCUCGCGCCGCCUCGAGUUCUUCGUCACGCCCGACGAGCACAACGUCACGCUCACCUACCACGGCGCCACUGGCCUCCUGCGCUCGCGCAUGGACUCCACGGGCCGCGCGCACGUCUACACCUACGAUACCUACGGCCGCCUGACCCGUGCCGUCACGCCCUCCGGCCAGGUCAUCGAUCUGGCCUUUGACCUGAGCCAGAAGGGGGCGCGCGUCACGCUGACCCGCGACGGGACGGCGCCGAUCACCAUGCUUAUCAAGGGCGCCCUCGUCACGGAGACCAUCGGUUCUGCCUCGAGCGUGACGGCACAACUUCCCGACGGCUCCGUAGUAACGCGCACCGCCUGGGGGCACCACAUUGCCACCGAGACCGUCCCCUACACCCUCUUGCAGGACCACACGCUCGCACACUCCUACCCCGUCUCCGGCAGGCAGCGCACUGAGAUCGGCAACGAGCUCGUCAACAGCUUCGACUGGAAAUACUUCGUGGAGGCUGGAGAUCGCCAGGGACCUGUGACGCAGGUGGGCCGCAAGAUGAGGGUGAACGGCGAGGACCUGCUGACCUUCAAGUACGACCUGUACACCGGCACGGAGGCUGUUCUAAACGAGGUCGGGGCCACGCUGCUCAACGUGACCUAUGACCCUCUUGGCCGCCCGCUCAAGUGGACGCCCGCGCAGCCCUUCCUGCCGGUGCAGCUCAAGUACAACCGCUUCGGCCAGCUGGAGGAGUGGACUUGGGGCGACAUGAGGGAGCAGUAUUCCUACGACCGCGCCGGCAGGUACGAGGGCGUCACCUACGCCGACGGCACGCGGGUCAUGUACUCCUUCAAGGACCUGUCCAGCGUCAAGCCGUACAAGGUGAGUGUGGCGUCGGGUAGCGAGCACCUUCUGGAGCACGACGAGGGCGGCGCCCUGUCGGCCGUGACGACGCCGCGCGGCCACAAGUACACCUUCCACGUGCAGCCUUCGCUGCUGCACAACCGCUUCAGCUUCACGCCGCCCGGCUCGCCUCGCCACCCGUACCAGCUCUUCUACAGCGACGACGGCAAGAUUCUGGCGGAGGUGCUGCCCCACCAGGCGAGCCGCGUCAUCUACCACCACGACAACACCGGCCGCCUGCACCUGCAGAUCUUCGGCGACGGCUCCGUGGAGUACGGCUACCACCCCGAGACCGGCCUCAUCCGGACCGUGUCGGUGCGCGAGCGCGGCUUCGAGCUGCGCAGCGACAACAAGUACCACGGCGGCCUCGUCAAGGAGCAGCGGAUCCGCUACGGCUCGACGGCCGUCCUCGACUCGGCCAAGCUGAGGUUCCUGUACGAUGGCAACGCCCGCCCGCGCCGUGUCGAGGUCGAGAUCAACGGCAAGGAGCAGCCGGACUACGACAUGAAGUACAACAUCAUCCUGGGCACCCUGGACAGCGUGGGCGACAUGAAGGUGACGUCGUCGUACCACAACAAGACCGUCAUCCAGGACGUGCGCAAGAUCAUGCUGCGCGUCACGGAGUUCGACCCGCACGGCCGCGUCGUCGAGUCGGCGCUGACUGUGCGCAGCCGCCUCGUCUACCGCAACCGCUACGGCUACGACACGCGCGGCCGCCUCGCCACCAUGUCCACGUGGCGCGGCCCGGGCACGGACGAGAAGCGCACCAACUACACCUACACUCCCGACGGCUUCCUGCAGGCCGUGGACGGCUCCGACUCGUGGCAGUUCCGCUACGACGCCAACGGCAACAUGAUCGCCGUGGUGGAGGGCGGCCGCGAGAUGACGGCCACGUACGACGGCGCGGACCGCCUGGUCGGCUGGGGCGACGUGGAGCUCAACACGUACUCGCCCGGAGGCGCCGUCGUGCGCCAGGGCGAGGUCCACCUCAGCUACAGCGCCAGGGGGAACCUCAAGUCCGCCUGGCAGCAAGGCCAGUACAAGGUGUGGUGCAGGCACGACCACCACGGACGCCUGGCGGUGUGGGAGGACGACCACGGCAAUGUGACGCAGUUCUUCUACGCCGACCUGCGUCGGCCCGACCUCCCGACGCACAUCCACUACCCGAAGCGCGGUGUGACACACGCGCUGGAGUACGAUGAGCGCGGCCACCUCAUGGCCAUCCACACAGGCAAGCGGCGCCUGUGGAUCGCCACGGACCACCUGGGCUCGCCCGUGGCCGUCUUUGACGACUCAGGAGUUCUGGUGAAGGAGGUCGUGAGGUCUCCGUGGGGCGCCACGCUCACCGACUCCCGCCCCGACCUCCUCCUGCACGUGGACUUCCAGGGAGGCCUUCGGGAUCCCGUCACGGGAUUCAUCGCCUUCGGCCUCCACACGUACGACCCCGUGCAUGCCAUGUGGAUGGCCCCGAGGUACGACUUGGUCACCAGCGCCCCCGACCACGUUGGGGCCGUCUACGUGCACCGCUUCCACGACAACGACCCCGUCAACCCGAUCAACCGGCACCCCAACCACUACACAGACUUGAACAGCUGGCUGAAACUGUACGGCGUGGACCUGUCGCGCAUGCUCGGCUCCAGCUACCACGACGAGACGGUGGAGCGGCAGGAGCGAGGCCUCCUCCAGGCCCGCCAGCUGGCUCCUUCCCUCCGCGUGAUUUCCGGCCUCUCUUGCUCCACGGAAGGCGUCCUUCGGCAGUUCUCGCAGCCGUCUCUGCUGCCCGAGUCCCUGAUUCGGUCUGACGCCCCCGCCUGGGCGAUCCCCGGCUGGGACGCCCUCGGCCGCUUCAUGUCGUCGCCGCCCAUGCUGGGUCCGGGCGUGAUGGUGUCCCGCGUGGAGGGGCGCGCCGUGGUCACGCUGGUGCCGUCCAGGGAGAACUCGGUGGUGCAGGACGUGGCGCGCGACGUCCUCAACGGCUCCGCGCUGCUCGACGUCACCCUGACGCACCACCGCCACCACACGCUCUACCUCGUCAAGGAGAACGCCGCCCUGCGCCAGGACGACCUGCAGCAGCUGCAGCGCCUCAGUGGCCGCUUCAACGUGACGUCGCGGGACGAGGGCGAGCACCACGAGAUCCGCGUCGUCGGCAACGACGUGUCGCUCGUCCUCAUGUACGGCACGGACGCCCCCAACGCCCGCCACCGCCUGCUGCGCCACGCCCACCGCCACGCCGUGACGCGCGCGUGGGAGAUGGAGCGGCUGCUGGCGGAGCGCGGCUCGCCCACGCGCCACGAGUGGUCGGUGGAGGAGCGCGGCGAGCUAGUGAGCAAGGGCAGCGUGAGCGGCUACAUCGCGGCCGACAUCCACUCCAUCCACCGCUUCCCUCUGCUCGCCGACGACCCCACCAACGUGGUGUUCCGACGCGACACGGGGCGGCGGCGCCGUCGCAGCCGUGACGCGCCGCACUCGUGAUCCCCGGGUGGGGGCGCGGCCCUUGUACAUACCGCUGUAUAGUGUAGCGCUGUGAACCUGUACACACUGUACAAACAGGGUAUUCUCACACAUUGUACACAUCUCUCCGAGCCGGAGACUAAUCCUCACAUGUGAUAGAGGCGAACUGUGUGGCGCAGGUGGCGGCGGCGGCGGCGGCGGCGGCGGCGACCGGCGCUGCUGGGGUGUGAGGCUGUGACGGGGGGAGGGGGGAGGGGAACGUAGGUAUGUGUAUAGCGAGCGCAGACGGCGGAGAGAUCGGCUCUGCGUCACACCCCAGGAGCACAGCGUUGCCGGCCGUUGUAUAUAACGUAUGCCCGGCGGGGCCUCGACUCCGCCGGGGUAGUCAAAGGUUCUGCAGUGGUAUAUAAUUUUGCUGCUUAACAUUCCAUCGUGAAUUAUGUACUCUUAUGGACUGACGAGUGUGCAGAGUUGGUGUGGUGCAAAGAGAGACGGCAAGACAUAUAUAUUUUGUACGUUUUUGUUACAAACAUGUCCAUUAUUUAGAGAUACUUAAUGCCAAUUUCUAUUUGAAUGUGUCCCGUGUCCUAGCGAGAUGUCUUAAAGGGAUCAGUCCAGGGCUCAGACUCCAAUCAUAUUAUCUUGUAUAUAUUUAUAAGAGACGCAUAUGAUGUUAGAGAGAGAAAGAGAGAGAGAGAAAGGGAGAGUGAAAGAGAGAAAGAGAAAAGUAGAUGUAAGAAUUCAAAUAUGACGAUGAGUUGUCAUCCUCACCCUCCCAGACUGACAAGCAAAGUUCGCUUGCUAAUGCAUCAACUCAUGAAUUUUAUUAUGCAACAAACAAGUAAAUAAAUAAAAGGAUAGAUUGGUCUCUACGCCCCUGAUGACGUCAUGAGCCCUCACCUCCUUAUUUGUUCUGUAGAAAGUCUUAGAGACUAUUUUUGUGACAGGUUGAUCCGAGUACGAGGCCAAAGAGGAAUAGGAGAUCGACUAAAGCUCAUUUUCCCCAACGGAACUUAAGGAAAUUGAGCUUUAGUGAUUGAUAUUAUUGGACGAGAGAGAAAAAAACGAAAGAACGAGAGAAAGAAAAUAAUAAUAAUAACACUGGCUGGUCGCACUCGAGCCGAAGUCACUCUUCAGAAACAUUACGCCUGAAACUGCAAUAAUUAAGCGAAUAUCCCGGUCCAGAUAACGUGGUGUUUCCUCUCUGUGUUCUCUGGUCCACUUAUACGACGUGUAGAUGGCAAUAUUAGUAAUUGGUUGUUUGGCAGUUUGGUCUGGAAGUCGUACCCGCUGGCGGUCGAGGGGCGUGGCGAGCUCUUGUGUGGGCGGGGCAUCAGAGCUUCUUCUUCACCCUCUUUUGCAUGGUGAUGGGCUGUGCAACGUUGCUACGAUGCAGGAAGGAGAGAGUAUGAGCUGCCAUUAAAGUUAGAUAAGCUUUGUUUCGCAAGAAUUUAAAUGCAGCGAGAAGGGCAAAGAAAACGGGAAAACGCCAUUCGCGAAUUAUUUCUUCUUCCAGAUUUCAUUUCCUCGUUCAUUAUCAACGAUAGAUGAAUCAUCGAAAGAGGCAUUCCUUAAGA